GUCGGCUGGGAAGAUGCUGGGUGGGCUCCUGCUCUGGCUGCUCCUCGCUGCGGCUCUGUGCCCCGGCCUCCUCGGGACAGUCUCGCUGCAGAACCCGCACCUCUGCGAGGGCUACGCGGGCCCCGACGGCCGCUACCACCCCGGCUUCUACUGCCCGCGGCUGACCGACCCGGCCGGCCGCCGCUUCUGCUGCCAGCCCGGCCCCCGCGCCCCCAGGUCCUGCUGCUCCCAGCCCGCCCUGGAGGCUCUCACCGGGGUGAACCUCUCCAGCCUGGCCGGCCCCGGCCUCCUCCGGAACCCCCUGGCCCUGCCCUUCGUCGGGCUCUACGGGCUGCUCGUCCUCCUGCUCAUGGCCGUCGACCUCUGCCACUUCUACCGGACCCGGCGCUGCCGCCUCCUGCCCCGCAGACCCGGGGGGGUCCCGCUGCCGCCGCCCGCC